CCGUCAUACCGUGGUAUAAAAAUCAUCAAAUGAUCGAAUCUGUUUAUUUCCUAAAUUAAAUUGUGUCAAACACUCUUAGUUUAUGUGCGCAACAACCUUCUUUUGGCCGGAAUGUAAAUUGAGUGACGCUUUUGCACGCACCUUCAUGGGUCCGUGUAGAAACGCGUCCACUUUAACGAUAGUUCCCCCAGAGACAGCAGGAUGUUGUGGUGCAGACCUGAAACCUCUGAUAAGCUUGUUGGGGACUUUCUUGGCACCGGACCCACAAUCAGAAACAAGAUGAUAAAAAACUGGGGCGUUAUCGGAGGAGUUGCUGCGGCGAUUGCUGCUGGAGUGUACGUUUUCUGGGGCCCAAUUACAGAGAGGAAGAAGAGGAAGAGAGGGAUGGUUCCCGGUCUGUUAAAUUUGGGCAACACCUGCUUCUUGAACUCUUUGCUUCAGGGCUUGGCAGCAUGUCCUUCCUUUGUCAGAUGGCUGGAGAAGUUUUCAGGUCUACCCACAAUCCAGUCAUGCAAGGACAACCAGCUAUCCUCGACACUGCUGCAGCUUCUCAGAGCUCUGUCCAGUGAUGGGCCUGCGGAGGAGGAUGUUCUUGAUGCUGGAUGCCUCCUGGAUGUCCUCAGACUGUACCGCUGGCACAUUAGCUCCUUUGAGGAGCAGGAUGCGCAUGAACUUUUUCACGUCCUCACAUCUUCUCUGGAAGAGGAGCGGGAUCGUCAGCCAAAAGUCCCUCAUUUGUUUGACAUGCAGUCCCUUGAGAGUCUCCCAGACGCAGAUGAGAAAACUUUAGCCUGUAUAAGUCGAGCUCCUCUUCAUCCAAUACCGAGUCCAUGGAAGUUUCAUCAUCCUUUUCACGGCCGUUUAACAAGCAAUAUGUCAUGCAAGCGCUGCGAAAUACAAAGUCCAGUGCGAUAUGACUCAUUUGAGAGCCUCUCCUUGUCUAUCCCUCUACCUCAGUGGGGUCGGCCGAUCUCACUGGACCAGUGCCUGCAGCAUUUUAUUUCCUCAGAAACUAUCAAAGAGGUGGAGUGUGAAAACUGCACCACGCUUCAACAAAGCACAAUAAUAAAUGGUCAAGUUCUAGAAAGCCAGAGGACGACGUUUGUUAAGCAGCUGAAACUUGGAAAGCUCCCCCAGUGCCUCUGCAUCCAUUUACAAAGACUGACCUGGUCCAGCGAAGGAACCCCCAUCAAGCGCCAGGAGCACGUGCAGUUCGCAGAGUACCUGUCGAUGGACCGCUACAAACACAGCAGCUGCACACAGCGGGGUCAGCGGUCCAGAUGUGCUCCCAGAGGCACGAAGGCAGAAGCUUUAGAUGAUUCUACUGAAAGGGCCACAGCUAAUGGGACUGAUGCAGAGCAUCUUAAUAACAACAAACCCUUUCCUAAUGGAGGCUGUCCUGUGUUUCUUCACUCGCCUGGCGUGACAUCGCAGCUUAGCCUCACAUAUGACCACAGCGCCUUCCCCUCCAGCUGCUCAGAGUACCUUUUCCAGCUCACGGCUGUGCUGAUUCACCACGGCGACAUGCACUCAGGACAUUUUGUCACAUACCGCCGCAGCCCUUCCUCAGCACGCUGCUCCUCGCCCUUCAGCUCGCACUGGCUGUGGGUGUCCGACGACUCGGUCCGCAAAGCCAGCCUGCACGAGGUGCUGUCCUCCAACGCUUACAUGCUCUUCUACGAGAGGGUCCGGAGGCCAGGCCUGAGCCCGCGCACCGAGGAGUGACCAGGCAGCCCAGACGCUCAGCAGCGGGUGGCUUUGCGAGGAGAGGAAAACCAUAAUAGAAUUAUUAAUAGUUUCUGACGACAGCAUCAUGUGCGUUGUGGACACACUUCCUGCUGCUCUGAUCACAGCAGGAAGCCUUUUAGCCCAAAGAGGAUGGACCUACAGAAUUUAAAUCCAGUAUCACUGAUCAUGUAACCUGUUUCUCAGAGACUGAAAAAGGAACUCCCGACCGUAUUAUGUGCACGAAGGUACCGGGCGUGUGCCACACGGCUCAUGUGUGACUCUUAGAGCGUCAGGAGCAUCGACUCCGCUCUGUCCACCUCAUGUUAUGCUAUUUAGGCAUCAUACAUGAGGGUGGUCCUGGUAUUUUGUCCAUUGCCUAUAAUCUACAGGUACUGAGGUAGGUAAUCCACAUUUCUCAGAGAUGUUAUAUAGAAGUUGUUACACAUUCAGACACGUUGGACGGGAUGAGUCUUCGUUGACUCUGGCUCUUUAUUGUCUUAUCUGAUUACUUGCCUAAUCAUUCCUUGCGGUGUUUGUUAACUAUAUUGGAAAUAUUGUUUCAACUGGCACGGUUUCAACUGUUCCCCAUCGUCCUUACACUGUCAUAACACGCAGGGCUGCACAUUCGAGGUUAAAGUGCCAUGCUGUCUGUAAUGUUCUGGAUUUUAAACCCAUGAAACCACGGGUGCUGCCACCACGAGCGACCCUUCCAAAAGUGAUGGUGAAAACGUUCAAAAGAGUAAUAUUGACUUUGAUUUUAAAAGUAUACUAUCCUGGAUAUUUUUAACUGUGAGCAGCUGAUGACUGCCGUUUCCUACUGAACAGAUUUAAAAAGAGAAGUGGCCUGGUGUUUGCAGUUUGCACUGAUGUAUUUUCAUGUAAGAUUUGUGUGCAGUCUUUGGAGGUGAUUGUUUUCAGAUAAUAAAAGAAGAAAGCA